UCUAGAAAAUACUUUUAUUUUCUUGUAUUGUAAGACUGUAAUUUUUGGAGUUUUGGUCUUUUAAAAGACAGGUACAAUACUAUUUGAUCAAGCAAAUAAUGAUAGUUAAAAAUUUGAAAUUAUAAUUGUUUGAUUAUAAAUAAUUCAUGAAAUAUCUCUAAAAUUUCAAAACUAAUGUACUAGGCAUUUUCAAGAACUGCCAGCUAACGAGAAGAUAACUUUACAACAAUUUAAGUCGCGGAGUAUGGGUUUGCGUGUGUGUUGGGUGAGUGUGCGUGUGUAUCUGUGUGAACUAAUAAAUAUUACCCAAACGAGAAGUUGCAUUUACAACACUCACAAAAAACGCAGCCAACAAAACGAUUUGUGUGUAUAUAUUUAUAAAGCUUAUAUCUGCUCGAUUGAUCUUAAAACAUAAUCUACAGCUGUUGCUUCAUCACACGCACACACUCAUCCACUCACUCUUAACCAGAAAAUCAUAACUCAACAAUGCGAUUUUGAAAUGCACACAUGCAGAGAUAAAGCUACAAUUUUGACAGUUUUACAGAAAAGCCAAAUGCUUAAAACGAAAAUAUCUGUGCUGAUAUUUCAGCUAUAAGACACUGUUAGAAAACGAGCAAAAUGCAAAAGGUUGAGCCUAGAACAUUUGUAAGGGGUCUGCGCCGUGUGCAGACCACGCCCAUUUGGGCGUAGAUGGAACCCGCCGGCGGGUUAGAAACGAAAGUAAAUGGCAAAUUCUUAGGAGUGCACGCAAAAAUCAACUUUAAGCCGAAGUGCAGGAAGUGGAGGCAUGGAGAUCGAGUGGAAUAAAAUUAAAUUACAACCAUAAUAUUAUCAAUGUAAAAUCGUAUGUAAAAAAAAGGCAGAAAUCCAUAAAAAAAAUUGACAACAAAAAAUAAACAAAAAAAAUACAGAAAGUACGAAAUAAAUACAUUUACAUAGAUGUUGCAAAAAUCAAGCGAAUCGAAGCUCCUCCCAUGGAUUCCCGUAGCCCUCUCUGUAGAUUUGCGUAUCCUGUCAGUGAUCUAGCACUUUCGGAUCAGCGACCCCAUGUUUCUGGACGCCAUCUUCUUUAUACCCACACUAUUUACUUACCUGCUUAUCGGACUGCUCAUCGUCAUCCUGUGCUUCGUGGUGGUCUAUAUAAGCCACAAGAUUUAUGUCUCCGUCUACGACAACCUGCCUCUGGCCGCUUUGCCCGGCAGCUCACGUCAACAGCUCCUGGGUCUGCGUCACUCCAAUCAUGCGAUGACCAUACGGGAAUACCUGGACACCUCGCUCCGCAGUCCGCGCUCCAAUCAGCCGAGCUUACGGUCCGUUUGGAUUCAGAACAGGUCCCAGAUCUUGGAGACCUCUUCGGUCCUGCGUAUAGUGCUCUCCCUGGAGCCCUGUUAUCUGGUCAGCGCCGAGUUUGAUGUGAGCUCCAGCCGGAAGGCCAUCAGUUUCCUGUGCAACUGCCGGGACCAGCCCGUGUGUGCUGCCGCAGAACAAAGGCCUUCUGGGUCCUUACACAUAGUGCGGUUCUAUGACCACCUCUCCAAGAUCCCGCGCCUCAAAGUCAUGCUCAAGUGCAACCAAAGGAGGCCGGAGCCGAGGCCGGAUAGUCGGACACAGUUAACCCUGGACGACGUGAUCCAGGAGGCCAGAGAUAACCAGGAUGCCCGGUGCACGGAUAACGCCGCCGCCUGUCGACCUGGUUCCUCACGCCGGAACUCCCGGAUACCGGAUUAACGGGAUGGGAGGGUGUGGCCCUUGGAUAGGGGCCAUACGUCGUCUGUUCUAGGCUGCUUUUGCGGAAUAACUUGUUUUAUUAAAUUGUAUACAAAGAUCAAUGAGCUGGAGGCUACAGGGUCGACGGGUGGUUCAGUGGGUCGGGCACUGAGCUCACGCUAGUUUAUGAUAAUCGCGUGACAACGAAGGUGAAAGCCAGUGGAACAGGGGCGCACACAUGUGUGGUCAAGUGGGGCUGUAGGUGUUACUUUUCCGGGCAGUGUUAAUUUUAAUUUUUUAUUUUAGGGUUAAAAUAUUUACUAGCCACUCACUCCAGGUAAUUUAAAUUUUCAGCCUAUUUUUCCUAUUAAUGAAUUCAAUAACAAAUUUAAUUUUCCAUUCGUUCUGCAUUCACCGAAUUACGCGUUUAAUGACUUAUUUAAGAAAACACAUUUUUCGAAUUUUUUUAAUGCUGAACAAAUCGAAAGUUUACAGCUCGUUAGUUAGUUAGUUAAUUUGCCAUACAUUGUUACGUUACAUUAUAAUGAGUGAUGUUUAAUAAAAUAAGUGGAUUGGGGAUACUGGAUGAGGGGAUACCUUAAUGCUAGCCAAAGUUUGAUUUCGAAUUUUAGUUAAAAAACGUAAUUAAUUUUCCCUACUCCCAUGGCACGCAAACUAAACUUGUGGGGUCCGCGUUUUUUGGGGCUUAUCAUUGUGACAGUGGAAUUUCUUAUCAGUAUUUAAAAAGCUCUCCAGACCGAGCCGAGCCUGGCUAUCAAGAGUUAAUUGCCAAAAUCACUAGUCCCCAACCCGAUCUCGCCGCCUCCACGAAUCCAGAGACCCCAUGCAUUUGUUUGACGCCAUUUCAUUCUUUAUUGACGCGGCCAAUUAAGAAUACAGCGUUGUUGAUUUGAUUGCGAGACGAAUAUGAAUGCGACUGGAAUUCCUCCCUGAGUUAUAAAUAAAAGUUGCCAGAUGUAAAGAGCGGCUCUCAGUCGAAAGAAACUCCAAAAA